AUGGCUACUCAUAAAGAACGUGAAUCUGAGCUAGAUAGAAAGCUCGAAAAUGAGCUGGGAGUGAAACCGAGCUGGAUAGGAAACGGAGAGCUGAAAGAUAAAGACCUUGAAUCCUUCAAACCAAUAUUAAAUCCUACAGGCCAACAUAUCUCCAUCAGAGAAUGGGUAACGGAUUGCUCUAAGGCUCGCUGCGUCCGUGGGAGGGAAGUAGACGGUGAAAGGGAGCGUGGCUUGACAUUGAUCAGUGCUGUUGAAUAUGUCACCACCCUUGGGGAGAUUAUUUUUUGUGAACGAUGGUGGAGGAGUAGUGAAGUCCUUAAACUUUUUUGGGUUUGGCAGGACGAGAACCUGUGCGAGGCUAUUGUUGGGUUCAGACCAGCUAUUAUUGGCCCGGAAAAUGAGCCAAAAAAGGUGUUUUUGAGAGUGAGUACGAAGGCUUUCCAAUAA